GACAUUCGUCCUCAGCGCCGACAGUUUUACGCCAACAAAGUUCAGAGUAUUGGGCUCUAUCUGUAUAGAACCGACCACACCGGAUGCCCUGCAGCUUUUGCAGAUCUGAGCUUUCCACAGUUGAAGAGACUGGAAGUCAACUCUUGCCCACCUUGGUUGAAGCUCGACCUUCGUCCUUAUUUAAGCCCAAGCAUCGCGUCGUUCACCAUGUUGGGAUGUUCACAUUUUCCAAGGUCACUGCUUGAUCUGGUCUCUUUCUGUUGUCCCAGGCUCCGCAAUGUGCACCUCGACUACACGGCCGAAGACCAAGGCCACGAACAUUUUCUCAAGUUCCUACGAAAAUGCAGAAGUCUGCGCGAGCUAACCUUGAGUUCUGAGGAUAAAUUGAGCUUCCCAGUAGAUAUACUGGAGAACUUGGGAUCUCGGAAACAGCUCGAGAGUCUAUAUGCUCCAAUCAACACCAUCUCCUACCACUCGGUAGAGACAGUCAUGCAAGACAAUCCACGCCUACGCCUCUUUCGUGGCGCACGCAGCCUGUUCCUGAGCCUCGAGUCGAGAGCCGUGAUGCCUGUUCUUUCGGCAGCUGAAUUUCUGGUCGAAAUCCAAAUACAUCUAGCUGAUUCUGAACAUGAUGUUUUUCGGGUGAUCGGAUCAUUGUAUUGCUUGGAAACGGUUGAUAUUUCAUUCGCUAUGCCUAAACGCCUCACUAUACACGAGCUUCAGUCAAUGUCGAGCCUGACACGUCUGAAAGAUCUUAGCAUAUAUGGACCUCCAACAGAGUUGCAUCGAGAGGACGGGCCUUUGCUGGUUGCUGAAGCCUGGACUGACGAUCUUUUCGAGUGUUGGAUAUCAAGUUUCAUCCAUCUGGAGAAGCUACUGUUCAGUGUUCGACCAAUGAACAGCCAUUGGAUAUCGGAGACAAGGAUAAUCGGGAAGAGCUGUGCUGAUAUGACCUCCUUGUCAAUGGAUGGUAUACAUGACAUUGGCGCGUGGAGGGUGUCAUCUGAGCCACUGUUCCCUGCACUGCGUCAACUCGAGCUUGGGCAGCUGNNGAAGCCAUGGCCCUUUCCAAUGAGUGCCGAAGAGAGCAAUGAGUAUGCGAAAGGACUCGCACGCUUAAUUCAGCAACAUGCGCCUCUAUUAGAGGAGCUCAGCGUUGGGCGGGACGACCUUUCAGAUGCUGUUACUGAAGCUUACAAGCAAGAGAGAGUA